AUGGGUUCAGAAGGGAAUGUGUUUGUGGCCAGUGCUUUGAAUGAUAUGUAUUCCAAGGGUGGCAAUAGUGACGAGGCUCAAUGUGUGUUAGAUCAGACUUCUAAGAAGAAUAAUGUGUUUAUCAUGGGUUGUGCUCAAUGUGGGUGAGGUUCAGAGGCUGUGAAAUUUUUUGAUUGUCUAUUGACCAGGCUAGAGUUAAUUCCUGAUCAUAUCUGCUUUACUGCUGUCUUAACAGCUUGUAAUCAUGCAGGAUUUCUUGACAAAGGGGUGGAGUACAUCAACAAAAUGACAACAAAUUAUGGCUUGUCUCCUGAUAUAGAUCAAUAUGCUUGCUUGCUUGAUCUUUAUGCUGGAAACGGAAAUUUAAGUAAGGCUAGGGAUUUGAUGGAAGAAAUGCCUUAUGAUCCAAAUUAUGUAAUCUGGAGUUCUUUCUUUAGUUCUUGUAAGAUUUAUGGAGAUGUAGAACUUGGGAGGGAGGCUGCUGAUCAACUUAUUAAGAUGAAACCAGGUAACGCAGCACCACAUUUGACACUAGCACAUAUCUAUGCAAGAAAAGGUUUAUGGAAUGAAGUUGCUGAAGUCAGAAGGCUUAUGCAACAAAGGAGAAUAAGAAAACCUGCAGGUUGGAGUUGGGUAGAGGUGGAUAAGCAGAUUCAUGUAUUUGCAGUUGAUGAUGUAACUCAUCAACAAUCAAAUGAAAUCUACAGAGAGUUAGAAUAUAUUUACUUGGGAAUCAUAGAAGCGUCAUCUUAUGUAGUAGAGGAUAGCAAUAUUCUAGCAUAG